AGAGCUGUAGGCAGGGCCUGCCCGUAUGGUGCAGUGGUGUGGUGCUGGUGGUGUUUACAGUGGUGACAGUGGUGCAGGCAGUCACUAGUGUUCGUUGUGAGUUGUGAUAGCACUUAGCAGGCAGUAGUCUCGAUGUGGUAGCAGUGCGUUGGAGGCGACUCAUGCAGGGCUGGUGACAGCAGGGCCAUUUAAAGGUUGACACCAGCCCGUGGUGCCGAUGGUGACGGGAGCUGGUGAAGCCGGAUGGCGGUAUAUGUGGUGCAAUGGUUACCAGUGGUGCCAUUUUGGUGAUCGAAUAGUGUACCAACAUGAAGCGGGACUAAGCCAUACUGGUGCAAGUGUUGAAGCGCUUUUAAGGCGAAAUAACAGUCAACAGCUACGUCUACGUAAAAAGCCUUGUCGAGAAUAUUGAUUUAGGGAGCCGACGAGUGAAGCAUGCUGUGAAGACGAAGUCCUGGAUUCAGAACGACACUUCAGUACUUUUCAAUCAAAGCAAAUGUGUUUUGUUUAGGCCGGGAUACGUCCGAACGAUCAAAACGUCAACCGAGACUUCGUCUGUCCCCUGUGUGAAACUAGAAAAACACACAGAAGAUUCAGCAGCAAGUGACAAACACAUUGCGUUGCGUUACAAUAGCAUCGCUUUACGAAAUCCUCUCCUAACCUGUUUCGCUACCUGCAAUCUCCAUUUCGUCUCGCUUUCACGUCAUUAGAUCAGACACGGGCGAACGUUCCAACUGCAGGACAUCAAAACACCAUGGACUUGUUCCGCAAUGUUCACGCCAGAACGGGUAUGACGCUGACCACGGGCAGCGUGACACUGAACAAGGACGAGUCGAACCUGAUCGGUAUCAGCAUCGGUGGCGGUGCCCCUCUCUGUCCCUGUCUCUAUGUGGUCCAGGUGUUUGACAACACCCCGGCUGGGAGGGACGGCACCCUCCAGUCGGGAGAUGAACUGAUCGGCGUCAACGGCACCUCGGUCAAGGGCCGGACCAAAGUCGAGGUGGCCAAAAUCAUACAGGCCGUCAAGGGUGAUGUCACGGUUAGCUACAACAAGCUGCACGCAGACCCGAAGCAGGGCAAGUCUUUGGACAUCAUCCUGAAGAAGGUGAAACACCGCCUAGUGGAGAGGAUGUCGGCCAGCACUGCCGACGCCCUCGGACUCUCGCGUGCCAUCCUCUGUAACGACUCCUUGGUGAAGCGUCUGGAGGAGCUGGAGCGGACAGAGAACAUGUACCGGGGCGUGGUGGAGCACAUGAAGAAGGUGCUCCGGGCCUUCUUUGACCUAUGCAGGGUGCACAAAGCCUUUGGAGACACGUUCGCUGUGAUUGGUGCACGGGAGCCGCAGCCGCGGGCCAGCGAGGUGUUCACCAGUUUCGGAGACGCCCACCGAACAAUGGAGAAGAACGGCGUCAGACUGCUGAGAACACUCAAACCGAUUUUGAGCGAUCUCGGCACUUAUCUGCACAAAGCCAUCCCGGAUACCCGGCUAACAAUUCAGAAGUAUCUCGACACAAAGUUCGAAUACUUGAGCUUCUGUCUCAAAGUCAAGGAAAUGGAUGACGAGGAGUACAGCUACGCAGCGCUACAGGAGCCCAUGUACAGGGUGGAGACGGGGAACUACGAGUACAGGCUGGUACUGCGCUGCCGGCAGGACGCCAGGACCAGGUUCGCUAGCCUUCGUUCUGACGUGCUGGUAAAGCUGGAGCUGCUGGAUCAGAAACAUGUACAGGAUAUCGUCCACCAGCUGCAGCGUCUGAUCAGCGGGUUCGCCGCCUACCACUCAGAGUGUUACAACUUGAUGAAGGAGCACCAGUACUUCCCGAUAGAGGUGGACCUGGCCCGGUCGGCUUUCCAGUACGGGCUGCCCACCUCUUUCCAGCAAGACGGUCUGGAUGAGGACGGUCAGGAGGACGAGGACGUCGACGGACUUCUCGAGGUGGCUGAGGAGGUGACCGAGGAGCUAGCCAAGGAGGUAACUGAGGAGCCCAACAGUCAGCAGAAGUCGCCCCGCGCCGAUACGACCGAACACGACCUGCUGGGGGGUCUGCAGUAAGGGUGGGACGGCGAGCUGUAUGGUGUUGAGAGCGGGCUUAUGCUAUACAUUCCCAGGGUGGGUGGUCACGUGUGUCUGCAUCUCUAGAUAUAUGGCUGAGAGCUCUUAUCGGAAUAAGUGAAGCCGGUUGGCCGAGCUGUUGCCAUUACUUCUUAUAUGACUGAGAUGCUGCGAUGAGCGGACUGGUAGGAUUACUGCAUGCUAGUGUCCUGUUGUCGUUGAACAAAGGCUGCACAUUUGCAGAGUGACUCUCUAGUCCAGUCGAAGAGCAAGGUUUACGGGACCAUACGAGUGGUUAUUUAUCAGUGCCUAUACCAAGGCAAAUGUGUGCCCUUUUAUGGAGUUUAUCAAAAGCAAAUGAUGUAUGUGCUUCCGAAAGCAAAUAAAUAAGCCAGUUUUUCGUCUCUA